CUUCUGUUUGCAAUCGACCAUUACCAGCCUCACCCCCAUUCUUCAGACAAUAGAAACCAAACUAAACUUAAACGAGUCCUCCGAGCAUUAUACAAGACCUGUCUCAGCUUCAACAUGCCUUAUCUCGGCCUGAGGGGUAAUGCUCUUCUGUUUGCCAUCUCGGCCACGGCUGGUAUGGGGUUUUGUCUUUUUGGCAUUGAAGAUUCAUCUUUGGGAGGUGUCAUCUCCUCCGACCCUUUCCAAAACCGUUUCCACCUCGAUGCCACUGGACAGGGUGUCGUCACAGGCUGUUUUGAAAUUGGUUGUUUCUUUGGUGGUCUCGUCUUUGCGUUCUUCGGCGAACGCUAUGCCCGACGCAUUGUACUCUUUAUCGCAACGAUCCCUCUCCUCGUCGGUACUGUUCUUCAAGUGGCUACAUACUCGACAGGUCAACUGGCUGCUGGUCGAGUUGUGGCAGGUUUAGGCUUUGGUGCAAUUACCUCAACCCUACCCAUCUGGCAAAACGAAACAAGCCCUCCAGGUAUGAGAGGGAUGCUUAUAUGUGCUAGUUUGAGCAUGCUCAUUGUCGGUCAGUUGAUCGCUUACUGGGCUGCCUAUGGUCUUUUGCAAGUCUAUGAUGACGACCGAGUAUAUCGUAUAGUUUUCUCUUUACAGGGAAUGGCCUGUGUUAUCAUGGCCUUAAUGUUGAUCUUCAUGCCCGAAUCUCCUCGAUAUCUCCUCGCCCAUGGCAGACAAGAUGAAGCUCGACAAGUGAUUUCUGCUCUCCUCGACUUACCUGAGGACAACCCGAUGGUUAUCAGCCAAAUAGAAGAGAUCACUCAAGCCAUCGAGCUUGAGAUGGCCAGUGCCAGAAAUUGGAAAGACCUGUUCAAGAGCGCCCACGAUGCUCAGGGAGAGAAGCGACGAAUGCUGACUGCCGUUGUUAUCCAGGUUUGCCAACCUUUCAGUGGCAGUACAAUCAUUUCCUACUAUCUCACAACCAUCUUUCAAGAAGCCGUCGGUCUCACACCACACACCUCGGCCCUUCUUUCAGGAUACCUCCAAGUAUGGUUCAUAUAUGGGUUUAAAAGCACAUGGUACCUGAUUGAACAUGCUGGUCGCCGAAACCUUUUCCUCAUCACCGCCUUUUUCAUGUCUGUUGUAAUGUUCAUCAUGGGAGGUCUUUUAAAAAUGGACACCAAACCCACCGGUAUUGGAGCUGCAGCCAUGAUUUUCGCCUAUCAAGGCUUCUACACUUGGGGCUGGAUGGCUGGUGUAUGGGCUUACUCCUCUGAAAUCUGUCCUUUGAGUUGGAGAUCCAAGGGCAUGGGAUUGGCAGUUGCACUUCAAUGGCUCUUCGACUUCGUGCUUCUCAUGGUCACACCCAUAGGUAUCACCAACAUUGGCUACGGCAUGUUCAUGCUCUUUGGUGUAUUCAACCUCUGCUUUAUCCCGAUUGUGUACUUCUUGUGCCCCGAAACCGCAGGCGUUACUCUAGAGCACAUUGACGAAUUCUACGGCCCAGGAAAGAAUCCAGUGAAGGAGAGUUCAAGAAUUAGGAAGGAAAUGAAGGAGGCCAGGAAACGGCGGAACGCCGAGUUAGAGAGACAGGGAGUAGCGGUCACAGUUAUGUCGGAAGGAAAGGGUGAGGUAACUGAAGUCGAAAAGGUGUAGGAUAGCAACAGUUCGACGACCUUAAUGUCAGAGAAACUGUGGCGAGUUUGUCGAAACCAACAUUAUGAAGUUUGCUAUAACUUAGGGUGAUAGGCUGAGGAUGUAAAACAUUUGAAAUUG